AUGAAAAAGAAAAAGAAGAAGACGGUCGUUGCCGAUGUCGAGGAAUCACCUGCACCAGCUGCCGAACCUGAACCUACCCCCGCUCCAGUCGCCGCCCCCGAAUCUACUCCAGCACCAGAAGUAGAUUCAGGAGUGGCUACUCCUGUCGAAGGGGAGAAACCAGUAGAGGAUUCAGGUGAUCUGUUCGCUGACAUGAAGAAGAAAAAGAAGAAGAAGAAGGAUAUCCCUCUUGAUCUGGAUUCUGCUGAACCUGCCGCUGCAACGGAAGGACUCGAUUUGACUAAGAAGAAGAAGAGCAAAAAGACAGCUGCGUUUGCUCAAGAACUCGAUGACCUUGAUGCCGAAAAUGAUGACAACGCUCAAGAUGGUGAUGCUGCAGAUGGAGAUACAGGAGAUGAUAUCUUCCAAAAAUCAGGUGAAGGUGAAUCAAGUACCGAAACCGGUAAAGAAGCUUGGAUAGUAGAAGGUAGAGAUCCCACAUAUCCCGAGCUAUUAUCACGAUUCUUCGGUCUUUUACAUGCGCAUAAUCCUGAAUUAGCGGGUGAAAAGAGAAGAUAUACAAUUGUUCCUCCACAAGUAGCAAGAGAAGGUACAAAGAAAACAGUCUUCGCAAAUAUCACAGAUAUCUGUAGAAGAAUGCACAGACAACCAGAUCACGUUAUCGCGUUCUUAUAUUCAGAAUUGGGUACAACAGGUUCGAUCGAUGGUGCUCAAAGAUUAAUCAUGAAAGGUAGAUAUACCCAAAAACAAAUUGAAAAUCUCUUGAGGAAAUAUAUCGUCGAAUACGUUACAUGUAAAAUCUGUAAAUCGCCUGAUACUCUUCUUGGCAAAGAAAACAGAUUAUAUUUCAUGACUUGUGAAUCAUGUGGAUCAAGACGUUCCGUCUCUGCUAUCAAAGCUGGUUUCCAAGCUCAAAUUGGAAAACGUAUCAAAGCAGCUUAA